AUGCCAGGCGUUCCGAAAGGGCGCGCAUGCGAUGCAUGUCGUAAGCAAAAGAAAAAAUGCGACGAGACACAACCCUCCUGCUCACGCUGCAUUCGCCUUAAUCUGCAAUGCGUGGGAUCAGGAAAACAGCGCUACAAGUUCCAAGAAGAGAAGCGAUGCAAAUCAAGCAUGCAGCCUGACGCUAAAGCUGUAAAACGAAGCUCACAGUCCCCAAGUACAUCAUCCCUGUCCUCGAAUACCUCGCAGUCUCCAAGUUCAUCCCCAGGGGCAAUUACCAAUGCCUCCGAAUUCGUGUUCAAAAUCGUUAUACCCACCAAACCAGAGAAGAUGCAGAUCCGCCUCCCACCAGAGUCUCCAGUCCUAAAUCCAAGUAAUGCUUUAUCGCCCUUAGCAAUCAGAUUUAUUCACACGAUUAGCCGCACUACACACUUCCGGUAUAAUCUUUGGUGGACGUUCGGCACAUUUCUGGAAGACGUGCCACGCCGUUUAGGCACAAAUGAAGCUCUUGAUCGUUCUAUUGAGGCGUUAACAGCUGCACACUCGGGAUUCUGUGGAAUAGAACGUAAUGGGGCGACUGUCGAGGCGUUGACAAAGUACUCUCAGGCUUUGAGGACAUUACGGGUAUACCUUGAUGAUGGAGUUCAUUCGCAGUCCUCUAAUACGUUAUGCGCAGUGAUGGUUCUGUUGGUUUGUCAGGCCUUUCUGGGUCAAACAAGUCAAGCCUGGUCAGGACAUGCAGAAGGAGCAGUUCUAAUACUUAAAGCGCGAAAGAAAUAUGCACCACGCGAUAUGUUUGAAAAGAAACUAUUCCUAUCAUUGCGCGGCACUGUACUCUUCGAAGGUCUACUUAACGACCGAAUAAACCUUACCCCAACAGAAUGGGACGAGCUCGUUAGAAAUGAAUUCGACGCAAACACACCAGAAGGUCGCAUUCUCCAAAAUCUCGCCAAAGGCCCCCAUCUAAUGCCACAAUGUCGCCAAAUCCUCCAAACAGCUUCAGAUCCAACAAACAUCUACAACGAAGCCCGCACACUAUACCAAGACUGCAAACAGGACCUCCAAGAAUUAAGAAGUCGAGCAGUAGAUAACAACGCAUCAAGCAUAGACAUGACAGGUGUUCCAAAGGACAAGGAGAAAUUCGUGACCGAAUUUUUCCACGCCCAUUAUCAGCGCACAUACGGGAUCGGACUUGUUGUGACUUUAUUUUUUAACUGCAUCCUUAAUUCAUUAGAAAAGUAUAUGGCACUAGCGUUUGGGAUGGAUGGUGACUUUACUGUGCAGAUUGAUGCGAAUUAUCUUGCAGAGGAGGUUUUGGCGUUGGCGGAAAGGUCGAUGAUUUACAGGCCUGUCGGCGCUGGGUAUUUGAUCAUUUGUUUGACGGCUGCGUGGGCGGCUACUAGUGAUUCGGUGUUGAAGGGAAAAUUACGGGUUGCGUUGAAUGAUUAUCAUGGGGAUUUUAAAGUUAGGGAUCACUUUCGGAUGAAUCAGGAGUUGGAGUGGACGGCGGAACAUUUGAGGUUGGGGGUUUCUUUUCGGGAUAAUGGGGAGAGAUAUUAUCCUGGUACAUAA